AUCCCUCGGUUCUCUCCUCCCCUAGGCCGGGUGUGACGGAGCCUGCAGGAUCGUCACUGUAUCUCCGGGCCGCCGGUGUGAUUGCUCGGGUGUCCUCCUCGCCUGGUUUCCUGGGGCAUGGCGAGUGGGACCGGUGUCCGGGUGGCGGCCCGAGGCCCUGAAUCACCGUGUUAGCAUUGGGCAGCGUGCAAGCGGGGGUCAGCAUGUCGGGGGAGGUCCGCCUGCGGCAGCUGGAGCGGCUCUUUUUGGACGGGCCGUGCCGCGGAGCUGGGGGCUGUCUGAGCGUGGAGAGUCUGUUGGACUCGCUCAUUUGCCUGUAUGAUGAGUGCUGCGCCUCGCCGCUCCGCAGGGACAAGCACAUCCACGACUACAUAGAAUGGGCCAAACCGUUUGCUCUGAAGGUGAAGCAGAUGCGACUUCAUAAGGAAGAUUUUGAAAUUCUAAAAGUCAUUGGAAGAGGAGCCUUUGGUGAGGUUGCAGUGGUCAAGCUGAAAAAUGCAAAUAAGGUGUUUGCUAUGAAGAUUUUGAAUAAAUGGGAAAUGCUGAAAAGAGCAGAGACGGCUUGCUUUCGAGAAGAAAGAGAUGUGUUGGUGAAUGGAGAUAGCCAGUGGAUCACAACGCUACACUACGCCUUCCAGGAUGACAACUAUUUAUACCUUGUUAUGGAUUACUAUGUUGGGGGAGACCUGCUCACGUUGCUCAGCAAGUUUGAGGACAGGCUACCUGAAGAAAUGGCUCGAUUUUACCUGGCGGAGAUGGUUAUGGCUAUAGAUUCUGUCCACCAGCUUCACUAUGUUCACAGGGACAUCAAACCUGAUAACAUCUUGCUGGAUAUGAAUGGGCACAUACGACUGGCAGACUUUGGCUCCUGUCUAAAGCUAAUGGAAGACGGAACUGUCCAGUCGUCUGUGGCUGUUGGGACUCCAGACUAUAUAUCUCCUGAAAUUCUUCAAGCUAUGGAAGAUGGAAAAGGGAAAUAUGGGCCUGAGUGUGACUGGUGGUCUCUUGGGGUCUGUAUGUAUGAGAUGCUGUAUGGAGAAACACCUUUCUAUGCAGAGUCUUUAGUGGAAACAUAUGGGAAGAUAAUGAACCACAAAGAGAGAUUCCAGUUUCCUACACAAUUAGCAGAUGUCUCAGAAAAUGCAAAAGAUCUUGUCAAAAGGCUUAUCUGCAGCCGGGAACAUCGUCUUGGUCAGAACGGGAUAGAAGACUUUAAGAAUCACCCAUUCUUUGCUGGCAUUGACUGGGAUAACAUACGUAACUGUGAAGCACCUUAUAUCCCAGAGGUCAGCAGCCCGACUGACACAUCCAACUUCGAUGUAGAUGACGACUGUUUAAAAAACUGUGAGACUAUGCCACCACCCACUCAUACAGGGUUUUCUGGGCACCACCUACCAUUUGUGGGAUUCACCUACACAAGUAACUGUGUACUCUCGGAUCGGCGCAGCUUAAGAGAAGCAUCUGCAACUUUGAGCAUCAGUCUGGAUGACAAUGUACAGAGAACAUUGGAGGAUAGUUUAGCCACAGAGGCCUAUGAGAGGAGGAUACGCAGACUAGAACAGGAGAAGCUGGAACUGAGCAGAAAGCUGCAAGAAUCCACGCAAGCAGUUCAGGCUCUUCAGUAUUCAUCAGUAGACGGACCUGUGACUGCAAGCAAAGAUUUAGAAAUAAAAACCCUAAAGGAAGAAAUAGAUAAACUGAAAACACAAAGUUCAGGUGGAAGCCAACUUAACCAGCAGCUUGAGAAAACCAAUUUAAAGCUGCAAGAUAUGGAAGAGUUUUCUAAACAAAUAAAAGCCUUUGAAAAACAAGUAAAAAUGCUGAAGCAGGAAAAGGACGAACUUAACAAGGAAUUGGCAGAAUCAAGUGAGAGGUUAAAAUCCCAAACCAAAGAGCUAAAAGAGGCCCAGAGCCAGCGAAAACAGGCCAUGCAGGAAAUGACCGAACUGAAUGAGCGUCUGACCGAGCUGCGCACUCAUAAGCAAAAGUUUGUGCGGCAACUUCGCGAAAAGGAGGAGGAAACGGAGCUUGCCGUGCAUAAAGUAGAAGGCUUACGCCAAGAACUGCGAAAAGCAGAAAGAGCCAAAAAGGAGCUUGAAUCUCAGGCCGAAGCUGCAACAGCAGAAGCAUCUAAGGACAGAAAACUACGUGAGAGAAGCGAGCAAUAUGCCAAACAACUGGAGAGCGAAUUGGAGGGGCUAAAACAAAAAAGCGUUGGCCGGUUUCCUGGGGGCAGCAUCUCUGAACAUCAGCAAGAGAUCACCAAAUUCAAGGCUGACCUGGAAAAGAAAAGUGUCUUCUAUGAGGAGGAGAUUUCUAAACGAGAGACUCUGCAUGCAAAUGAGAUUAAGAACCUAAAGAAGGAGUUACGAGAUGCAGAAAGUCAGCAGCUGACCCUCAAGAAAGAGAUCCUGAUUCUGAAGGACAAGCUGGAGAAAACGCGCAGAGAAAGCCAAAGUGAACGAGAAGAGUUUGAAGCAGAGUUCAAACAGAAAUUUGACCGUGAAAGAGUCUUGUUAACAGAAGAAAACAAGAAGCUCUCAAAUGAACUUGACAAGCUUACAACAAUGUUUGAGAAACUGAGCGUAAAUAACCGGCAGCUGGAGGAUGAAAUGAGGGAUUUGGCAGACAAGAAGGAGUCUGUGGCACAUUGGGAGGCGCAGAUCACCGAAAUCAUCCAAUGGGUGAGCGAUGAAAAAGAUGCUCGGGGUUAUCUGCAAGCAUUGGCGUCCAAAAUGACAGAAGAAUUGGAGACCCUGCGUAACUCCAGCCUGGGUGCUAGGGGCACGGACAUGCCUUGGAAGAUGCGCCGCUUUGCGAAGCUGGAUAUGUCUGCCCGACUGGAACUGCAAUCAGCCCUGGAUGCCGAGAUCAGAGCCAAACAAACCAUACAGGAGGAGCUAAACAAAGCCAAGGCCGCUAUAAUAGCUACCGAAUGCAAACUACAAGAGUCUGAGAAGAGGAAUCAGGAGCUUUCCACUGAAAUCGAGAAGCUUAAGUGGGAAACUGAUGAACUGCGAUCGGAGAAAGGUGUAAAACAUCAGGAGUCCCAGAAUUCUUUCCUUGCGUUUUUGAAUAAUCCUACCUCUGUCUUGGAUCAGUUUGAAAUGGAUUCUGUGGAUAACUUUACACUGUCCAACACGCCAUCUCGGGACGAGGACGUCAAAUCCCAGGUCAUAUCACGCUCCAGAUCUCCUUCUACAAUGAGUGAUAUUGAACCUGCUGAGGUAGGAGAUCACCCUACUCGCUCUGUUCAGACACCAACAAUGAGGGCGUCCUAUAUCAGUUCUGGCACUUCCACACCCAAGCCCAAAGCCCAUCAGUUUGUAGUGAAGUCUUUCAACGCGCCAACAAAAUGCAACCAGUGUACAUCGUUGAUGGUUGGGUUGAUUCGGCAGGGCUGUACUUGUGAAGUGUGUGGGUUUUCAUGUCAUGUGACCUGUGCAGACAAAGCCCCUGCAGUGUGCCCAAUUCCUCCUGAACAGACAAAGGGACCACUGGGUAUAGAUCCACAGAAGGGUAUAGGGACAGCAUACGAGGGACACGUCAGGGUACCCAAGCCAGCUGGUGUUAAGAAGGGGUGGCAGAGGGCUCAGGCCGUGGUGUGUGACUUCAAGCUCUUCCUAUAUGACUUGGCUGAGGGCAAAGCUUCACAGCCCAGUACGGUAGUCAGUCAAGUCAUCGACAUGAGAGAUGAGGAGUUUGCUGUGAGCUCAGUCUUGGCCUCUGAUGUCAUCCAUGCAAGUCGCAAGGACAUUCCGUGCAUAUUUAGGGUAACUGCAUCCCAGCUGUCUGCAUCCAGCAACAAGUGCUCUAUCUUGCUCCUGGCAGACAGUGAAAAUGAGAGGAGCAAGUGGGUGGGGGUUCUGAAUGAACUGCACCGGCUGUUGAAGAAGAACAAACUGAAAGAUCGUUCUGUUUAUGUCCCCAAAGAGGCAUAUGAUAGCACCCUGCCUCUCAUUAAAAACACCCAGUCCGCUGCCAUUCUAGAUCAUGAAAGAAUAGCUCUGGGCAAUGAAGAAGGACUUUUUGUUGUUCAUGUCACCAAGGACGAAAUUAUUCGGGUUGGGGAUAACAAGAAGGUUCAUCAGGUGGAGCUGAUACCGAACGAACAGCUUAUAGCUGUAAUUUCAGGGAGAAACCGCCAUGUUCGACUCUACCCCAUGGCCUCUUUAGACGGGAGAGAGACUGAGUUUUUUAAGUUGGCUGAGACAAAGGGCUGUCAGGGUAUCGCGUCUGGCCAGAUUCGCCACGGAGCCUUAACUUGUCUGUGUGUGUCAAUGAAGAGGCAGGUACUCUGCUAUGAACUGAACCAGAGCAAGACACGCCAUAAAAAAAUCAAAGAGAUACAAGUUCCUGGGAAUGUCCAGUGGAUGUCCAUUUUUAAUGAGCGCUUAUGUGUUGGUUACCAAUCAGGAUUUAUUAGGUAUCCUUUGCACGCUGAAGGUAGCCCGUAUAGCCUUCUCCAUUCCGAUGACCACACACUGUCUUUCAUUACGCAACAACCCACGGACGCCAUUUGUGCAGUUGAAAUCUCAAAUAAGGAAUAUCUGCUGUGUUUUAGCAGCGUUGGGGUUUAUGUCGAUUGCCAAGGGCGAAGGUCGCGCCAACAAGAACUAAUGUGGCCUGCAGUUCCAACCGCAUGCUGCUAUAAUGCUCCGUACCUUUCAGUGUACAGUGAAAAUGCAGUCGAUGUUUUUGACGUGAAUUCAAUGGAGUGGAUUCAGACAAUUCCUCUUAAGAAGGUACGUCCAUUAAAUUCAGAAGGUUCUCUCAAUCUUCUGGGACUGGAGACAAUCCGACUUAUAUAUUUUAAAAAUAAAAUGGCUGAAGGGGAUGAGCUGGUUGUUCCUGAAACAUCAGAUAAUAGCCGGAAACAGAUGGUGAGAAAUAUCAACAACAAGCGACGCUACUCUUUUCGAGUGCCAGAGGAAGAGCGGAUGCAGCAAAGAAGGGAAAUGUUACGAGACCCGGAAAUGAGAAAUAAGCUAAUUUCCAACCCAACAAAUUUUAACCACAUAGCACACAUGGGGCCAGGAGAUGGCAUUCAGAUCCUGAAAGACUUGCCUAUGCCUAGGUCCCCUUAUACAUCCCCCCUCAGUCGUCACUCCAGCCUGAUCUCCUCUCCGAGCAACUUUGAGCACGUGUAUCACAUGACUGUAAAUUCUGCUGAAAACUUCCUGUCUUCCGAUGCUGUAAACCCUACUUCCUCUUCCUCCUCUUCCCCUUCUCUUCGUGCUACCCCUAGCUCACACAGGAACCUUCGUCAUCAGGAUAGUCGGACGAUGUUCAGUGGCUCUGUCAGUAUUCCUUCAAUCACGAAAUCCCGCGGUGAACCCGGGAGAUCAAUGAGUGCCAGCAGUGGGCUUGCAGCAAGGUCAUCACAGAACGGCAGUGCUUUAAGGAGAGAUUUCUCCGGGGGGAGUUAUGGAGCAAAACGUCAGCCCAUGACAUCUCCAUCUGACGGGUCGCUGUCUUCUGGUGGGCUUGACCAAGGGAGCGAUGUGCCAGCUCGAGAUUAUGAGCGGGAGGAUUCUGACUCUCCAAGACAUUCAACAGCUUCCAACAGCUCCAACCUCAGCAGCCCACCGAGCCCUGCAUCCCCCCACAAGACCAAGAGCAGCUCAUUAGAGAGCUCAGAUCAUGUGAGUUGGGACGCAUGAAGUUGCUCAUCAUCCCUUCAGGCUUAUCUCACAAGAUCGCUCGUCUCCCUUUGCUUUGUCACCUCUGGGACUGAUCUAGAGGAGUUUUUGGAGAUAGGCUACCUUGUCCAACACCAUAAUCUUGAUCUAGCAAGAAUGCAGAGUGUUGGUAAAGAGACACAGUAGAUAUUUAGUAGCAUUGAUUGCUUUUUCACAAGGUUUACAGGAGGUUUUGUUCUUGCGAAAUGCGUUGGCCACAAAGAGAUGAGCUCAAAAUCGCACAUACAAGAUAAAAAAAAAUUUUUUCCAAGGGAGGAAUAGCUAAUACUCCCAGUAAGCUUCAUCGGACUGUUGAGAAUCUGCACUGUCACUUGUCCUCAGACGCGUGACCACCCGCUGAAUGUUAAAUUUUUGUCGCUCGUGGCCCAUUUUCUUGUGUCAUCAAUAACGUAUUUUACUACAGAGUUUAAUCUAAAUAGUACAUUGCAUAUGUAUAUAUAUGGAUCAUGUAUUUCAUUGAGGAUAGAAAAAUAUUUAAAAAAGAGAUUCUGUAAUUUUAACAAUGGAUUGUUCGCUUUCAUAAGUAAUUGAUACUGAAAAACCAGCUUGAUGGAACAGAUUGUUCUGUUUGCAGCGUAUGUACUGUACAAUCACACUUAUUUCAAUCUAUAAUGCGUUCAUGUUGGUAACAUUUAAAGUCCCCCCCGGAUCAGAGUUUUGUAUCCAUUGAUUCAUGAUGUUCAUGGAUUCCCAUAUCACAAAUGUAUUUUGAUCAAUCCUUAUUAUCUAAAAAGUCCGGAACAUUUACUAAAUGUUUCAUGUUUCUGAUUGAGAUAACAAUUUCAUGAUCAAAAUUUUGUUUUUAUUUUUUAAACUCAGGAUCAAGGAUAGAUAAUAAUGAUAGGAUAUGAUACUAUGUACUUUAUACACAGACAUUCAUAGCCAGUCUACUGCUGGUGAUUAAAUUCUGUAUUUUACUACAGAGUAUAAAAACCCAUCAGACAGAAAUCCACUUUUAACAAUUGUUUUCCUACAAGGAUAACAUUAGUUUUUGUUUUUAGUUGUUAAUCAAAAUGGGCUCAUUACGUAGUGCCCCCUGAUUGCUGUAGUAAUGUUUUUAUGUUUAUACAGCAAUCCAUAAUUAGCUCUCUAUACUUAAGUAAUGUGAGCCGGCCUUCAGCACUACUAGUGUACAGUACGUAUAAGAAGGUUUGAUGAGGACGUGUUUGUAGUGAUUUCUCUGAAUCAGAUACAGCAAAUAUUUCAUCUAUAGUAACGUCUGUGUCAGCGUCUUUGCUAAGUAGAAUUCUGACAUCCUCAGCAAUGGGCUCACAUUCACUUUCAGCGCUCUGUGUCUCUUCGCUGCUAGCUAUCCUGUUUGGUGGCAAAGGGCUUUAUCAGUGUGUCUGGAUGUGUUAGAAACUCACCUUCUUUUUGGUGCUAAACCUCAAUAUAUAGUCAGGGUCCCAGCAGCAAUAAAACUGCUGCAAAAAAAGGACUUAACUAAAAGUGUUCUUCUUGUACCGUGUCCAGAUUAGGGAAAAUUUGUGGUUCCCCUAUGCAUGUAGGUCAUUGUAUUUCAAAUGCAUUGGCUUUGUUUGUAUUUAUUUAUUUAUUUUAACUUUUUUUUUACAUCACCGCUCCCUCACCAAAGUAUUCUCUGCCCUCCCUACUCUUUCUGUGUUAUAUAAAUUCACAUAUUGUGCUUUUCUCAUCCUCUGCAAAAUAAUUUUUGUUUGUUACAAUCGAGAUGUCAUUUUAUCUGUUAAUAUAAUACUAUUUAUAAUCACAAUGCUGGUAAAAUUUUAUACAGUUAAUGCUAAAGAAAACAAAAAAAAAAGGAAAAAAAAGACCAAAAAAAUUAAAAAAGAUAAAAAAAAUAGGUAGCAUUUAUUCUUCAUUACAAUAUAAUACAUUUUGUACCGUUAUACUUAAUGCGAAGAAAAUGGAAUAAUGGCAUAUUUCCACAUAGUAUGCAAUAUGAAGGGAACUAAGCAAAAAAAUAGCACUUCCUCCAAUAUUGUUACACAAGUUUAUAUUCAGCCUAUCUAUUCAUGUCUAUAGAAUUAAAUCAAAUAAUUCAAAUAUAUUGCUGGACCUGUCACAUAGCAGUGUGAGCCUCUAUUGUAAUUACCUGUUUUUAAUUUACACCUGACCUGUGCAGUCCUCAAGGGACAAUAUAUACUUACAAGAAACAUAUUGUAUAAUUCUACAUUUACUGACAAGAAUAACGAGCAGUACUACUGUUAUGACACUGGAUUAUUUCAGUGCAAUUUCUCUUCUUUUUCUCCUAGUGCUGAAAAAUAUAUAUAUAUAUCAAUAAAAAGGUUCCCUUAGUUUAAAAUUGUUUAAAGAUCACAGGAAUCAUUAUAAAAAUAAUAACAGAUGAGAUACAGAGCUAAGGUAGAGAUAAAGAGUUUUACGUUAGUAUAGAAGUAAGUUGAAAUUCGGAGGACGGUCAAUGCACAACACUUAUGUCCUUUCUACAAGUCUUAGUUGUAUAAACAAACAGCACAAUUAUCUAGAUUGUGAUUAAAUCCAAGGUUGAGCUCUCUCAGGCUGCACACGCUAAAGUAUCAGUGCUACAUAUUUUCGAGAAAAAAAAUCUAUGGCAUAAAUGGAGCAUGAGAGAAUUGAAGGGCAAGAAAAGUCUAUUGUUUUUCUUUUAUUCUAGUCUGCCUUGAUUCUCUUGUGACCCUGCAUCAUUUAUUAUUAUUAUUAUUAUUAUUAUCAGGUAUUUGUAGAGCGUCAACAGAUUCCGCAGCGCUGAUCAAUUAAGGAGAUCUUCUCACACACACAUACACACAUUUUAUAUAUAUAUAUAUAUACAGUAUAUAUAUAUAUAUAUAUAUAUUCCUCAAAAUAGACACUUCCUAGGUCCAUGCUGUUAUUGUAUUUGGUUGUAGCAGAUCUGGGAAAUUGCUGCACUAGGUCCCGGUUUAGUUUGCAUAUCUGUGAUAUGUUUUUACCAAUCUUCUCACUAACCCUGCUGAAUAUUAGCUCACACGGUUUUUAGCAGCACUUGGUAGACUCAGCCAGCGUUUACAAGAAAUUAUAGUGUUUAUAAGUAAAUUAAUAUAUAAAGCAAUGAAUAUAUUUCAGAAGAAUAAAUGCUAAGUUAUAUUUUAUCAAUCACACGUUUUAUUUUACACUGGCAUAAAAUGCCCUGUAUACUCCUUUAGUGUGGUUUAUUAAUCAUAAACAUUACAGAUAUUUAACCUCGUUGUGAGAGUGUGCAAAGACCAAUGUUUUUAUAAGUGAGCUGAUAAAACUAUAUACAAAAGUAAGUUAAUGGAAGUCUCAUGAAUGUUAUCCCAAUAGCUUUUUCAUAUAUUUGUUGCCUUUUCAUUCUGGGCACCCUAUGGGUGAUCUCAAAGCUUCAUACCUAACCAUGGCUUAAUGGUCAAGUUAAUCAUAAAAUUAAAUCAAUCUUGAAUACCUUAAUAUGCAUUUUCCCCUCCCCAAGUGAAAGCCCACCCUGUGUGCAGUGUUUUGUACCUCACAAGGUAGUUGCUGUUUGUAGUAAGCAGGAGUGGCUUGUGAAGGGUAUAUCAGCAGCAAGAUUUCCAAACUCUUUUUAUAUAGUUUAGUUAUUUAAAUACAUAUUUAUGGGUUGUUGCACAAAGUCAUGUCUCACUAUUUUAAUUUGUGGUCUGCUGCUCUUCAUGGGUGGUCCAUAACAUUUGUAAUUUGCAUAAGUUGACCACAUAGCUAAUUUAAAAAAAGGUGUAGGGAUGUAGUUGGGAGGAACUCAUUUUUUUACUGCCUGUUCACUUCACUUAUUUUUACCUCAUCCUUGCUGUAACUUUAAUACCAUACAUGUUAAAAAAAAAGUCUUGCAACUCAGGGCAGCUGAUACAUUUGAGAUACGCAGGUGCUACAAUAUUGUGCAUAGCACCUCACUACUGCUUUGUGCUUUCAGAUAUGCUCUUGGUCUCACAACUUUAUGAACCUGACCAACCAGUGAAUUUUACUUUGAAGGGACAUGAAACUCAAAAUUAAACUAAUUUCCCAUAAAAUGCUUAAUUAUCCAGAAUAAAAACCUUCACAAUACACUUUCAUUAUGUAUUUUGCCUGCUUUUUCUGUAAUUUAACUCUAAGAACUGUACUGUAUGGAAUCUAGAACCGUACAUGCUGCACAGUCAUUGGCCGAUGUGUGCAGGAAAUUGUUUAUAUCUGGCCUUAAGGGGAGUGCCCUGGAACUGCAAAACUAUGUAAUUACAUUUUUAUUUUAUUUUUUAAGUUAAUUUGUAUGCAGACGAGUUGCAAAAGAAGUGAAUAAUUGCUAAUGCAUUAGUGAAAAAAAAUAAUUUUAUGCCCCUCUAACAUCUGAGAAUUUUUCUGUGUUUUCACUAUUCGUACUGAGAAUUGAUUGUACUUCCAUUUUGUCUUUUAAAUACCAAUAAAAUCACACAAAACGUUA